GCAUAAAAUGUUGCUCGAGCAAGCAGAAUAAAGAAGAACAUGACUCGAUGUAGAUCCGUUUACCUAUCGUUUCGAUUACUAUCGACAGAUUAGCUUUUCACCUUCUUCUCAUUUCUACAUAAACAUAUAGAAACUUGGAAACUAGCGCUAUACAUUGUAAACAUCCUCGCGCGAUUAAAUAUGCAGGAUGUCGAGCCGAGGAAAGACACUAUGCGAGGAUGAGCCUUCCUGGCGACGUAGAGCGUAUGAGCGUCAUCGUUCUAGAGUAAAGUCAGCCAGACCGACUGUAGAUGUGAAACCUCCGGAGGGCAGACCUCACGUUUCGUUCAACGCAAAAAGAUUGCAAUUGGAACGCGAACGUCAGACUCGUAUUCUCAGGGACAAUUUUAUUCUAUUGAAAAAACUUCGCGAAAUCAUGCACCGGAAACGACAGAUCGCGGAAGAUACUCAACGGGUUCAGUGGCAGGAAUCCAGAUGCGUGAGGACUCGUUAAAAAGAAACGAGACAUCGACGAGAAAUAUCUUUAUAAUUUUUUCGAUCACAACAUUUGUGCUUUAUGUAUGUGUUUGUAUUUUAUUUGUAAUGGA